AUGGCAGACCCUAGCGCAGCGACAACACAGGGUGACGGUGGACUGUUGGGGGAAUGGAUGAAGACAAUACUGAACAAUAGUGGAAAAACAAGUCUGACGACUCCUCAGGAAAUUACGGAAGUGAUGAGGAAGGAUUUUGAGGAUGCAUGGGAGAAAUUGCAGGAGUCCCUGAUGCUCCCUGAGGUAAAUGAAAUGGCGGACCUCUGUAAGGGGGUAGUGGACUAUGGGAGUGUAAAGGAGCGUUCAUGGGAAGAACAGUAUUUGAAGGAAUUAUGUAAGGCAGUAGUCGAACUGAGAUAUUUUACAAGUGGAGGUGGCACGCAGAAGAGACGGAGGCUUAACUUCGACAGAAACAUUAAACCACAUGAGUGGUAUCCACGUUGUGUUGUUGGCGCUGUCGCUCUAACGGAAAUUUACGGUGACCACUGUUACUUAAGGGAAGUUUUGCAUCACAUAUCCGACAAAGUGGAGCAGAAGUUAAGGGACACACACCAAAGUAAAGGAGCAAAGCUGGAUGUCUGUUCGAGAAUUACUGACAUAGACUUAAUGGUCGGAAGAGCAGUUCUUGGUAAUCGAAUGAAGCAGUGGGCACAGGAAGAAAGAGAGAAAGGGGGGGCGUCAAGGGGGACGAGGGGAUCGGGGAGGGUGGGGAUACAGUGGUGGAGGUGGAAAAAAGUCUGUCCCGAGGGAAGGGAGAACGCGACUACCGACCAGAUAGAUAAAGCAAAGAAGAAUGCGAAGGAAGCAAACAAAAACAUUUUAACCUCUUUUGUUAAAGUGGGUCCUCAGAGCACCACCCCAGGAACAACCACAACAAGCACCACUCCCACUCCUGGUCAAACGUCCACCUUAGGGGACGUCUUAGUGAAUGAGGACUUAACUAUAGCGAAGGAAGUCAUAGAAGAAGCACUUAGCGAAAUAGUAUCUAGUGGUAAAGUUGACACUAACAGAAUAAACGACGUGGUAAAAAAGUUAGGGGAAGCAUCUCAACAAGUAAAAGCACAAGAAUGCAUCAAGGGUCACAAAGACCAAAAGGAUAAAUUAUGUGAUCGCUUAAAAUGUAUGAAAUAUUUAUGGCAGAAUAUACCAACAGGAGAACAGGGCACCAUUGAGGACUUUUGGACAGGGGAGGAUGGCGUCGUGAAGAAAUUGUGGAAUGAAUUAGCACAGAAAAUGAAGGCAACUAAUGGAACAGGAAAUACAGAUUGUGAUAAAAUGCCGAAUGCAACUAAUUCUGAAAAGGCGGCAUGCAAUUAUUUGCAUGCCGGCUUCAAACAACUGUACGAGCCGGAGGCGUCGUCGUCGCCGCCGUCAGGCGGCGGCGACGACAUCCUAUCUAAGAAAUACCCAUCGUUUAGACAAACGAUGGGUUGUUUAUUAUUACAUUCUUAUGCAAAAUAUAUGAAAGAAAAGGCAAUUUGUAAUAUUGAAAAGGGGAUAACACAGGCAUUCGAACUGGGAGAUAAACUCCGUAAGAGUGGUACUAAUUGCAAUGGUAGUGCCACUGGCAAGGGACCUUGUGUCCCUUGCCAAUGGAAUGAUGCCAGCAUUGACAACUGCACCGUGCAGAUUGGCACAGACGGAACGGGCACUACAGAGGACGGAAUGAAAAAAAUUAUCGAACAGAAUAACUCAAACACUAAGUCCAUCAUAGACGGCAUAAAUAAAAUGGAGACUCUAUGCAACCGUCUCCAAUGUAUAGCAUCCCAUUUAAAUUCCACAGACGGACAGAAACCAUCGAUUACAUCUGCGAAGAACUUCUGGACAAAGACUGGUGAUGUUGGUAAACUGUGGACAGAAUUGUCCAACGCCAUGAAGAAUAAUGGAAACAACGCAGGUGAUUGUGGUCAAAUGGAAGAUGGCACCACCGGUUCCACUGGUACUAGGGAUGCCACGAACCCUGAAAGGAAGGCAUGCCAACAUCUUACAGCAGGUUUCGACAAACUGAAGAGCAUUGCAACGUCCAGCGGCAAUGACUACCCAAUCCUGUCUAAGGACCCAUCGUUGAAACAAGCGAUGGGUUGUUUUCUUCUUAAGGAAUAUGCAAAACAUAUGCAAGGUCAAUCCAAAUGUGUUAUCGAAUCAGGAAUAAAAAAAGCUUUCAAUUCCUGGGGUUCAAUUACUAAGGGUAAUUGCACGGGCGAUAGCCCGUGCAUUGAAUGUAAAUGGGAUGAUGACAAAUUGGGCAGUUGCGGCGUGAAGAUUGGUACAAAUGGCACGGAAAUGAAGGACAAAGUGAAUACUUUUCUUCAACAGAACAAUAACGAAAUGGAUGCAACCAUGAAGGACAUAAAUGACAUGUCCACUUUAUGCGAUUAUAUUAAAUGCGCCGCACCCAAAUGGUUCCAAAAUCAAAACAACCAAGCGGGGAGUGGUACCACUCCAACGAAGAAUUGGUGUGACUUUUGGAAUGACGGCGUUAAACCCAAACUGGAGGAGAUGUUCAAACAAAUCGAAAAGAAUGGAAUGGACAAAUCAAUGCAAACUAAUGGUCCAUGCGAUCAAUUUGGUGAUGAUAAUCCUGAUAGUGUUGAAAGAAAAGCAUGUAAUCAUAUCACAGCAGGUUUAGACUACAUUAAAGACAUUACGGGGGACACUAAUAGUGGCGCCCAAGCUCAGACUUCAAGUUCACAGAAGGAUGACAAGUUUUUUAAACAAUCUAUAAUGUGCGCAGCACUUAAUCUUUACGCAACUAAAAUAAAAGAAAUGUCGCAAGAUAAAUGUCCCAUUGAUGAAAACACCAUACAAAGAAUGUUUGAAGCAGGGAAUGGAAGUAAUACUUCGUCUUCGACUUCGUGUUUGACCUCUGGUGGUAAUAAAAAUGAUUGUUUUGUUUGCGAAAGAAAACCAAAUUUUAAUAGUUGCGAACUAAGUGUUCCAAACACUUUGAUUAAUACACAACCAAAUGGAACUUGCACUGAUAAGGACAACGACAAACACAAAGUCCAACCUGAAAUGACCAAACUCCUCGAAGACAAAACUACCAUCAAGAUGGAAGAUAAAUUAUCCCAAAUAACUAACAUUAACACCUCUUUCUGUACUCAACUCCAAUGCACAGCAAAGAAAUGGAACUUUAUUAAAAAAAAAAAUGGGAAGCCCACUUGGACGAAAUUUUGGGAGAGUGGCGGCGAAGUCGCGAAAUUAUGGGAAGAAUUGGCAGGCGCCAUGAUGGAACGAAGCGGAAACGGACAAUGUGAUAAAGUGGAUGGUACUAGACAAGCUACUGAGCCUGAAAGGAAGGCGUGCGAACAUCUUACAGCAGUUUUCGACAAACUGAAGAGCAUUGCAACGUCUGACGGCAAUAAAUACACCAUCCUGAAGGACAACCCAUCGUUGAAACAAGCGAUAGGUUGUUUACUCCUUAAAGAAUAUGCAAAACAAAUGGAGAAAAAAACGACUUGUCUUAUCGAAUCAGGAAUAAAAAAAGCUUUUGAGGUUGGUGGUAAAUGCACGAGCAGUAAUGGUUCCUGCAUUAAAUGUAAAUGGGAUGAUAAAGUGGACAAUUGCAAUGUGACCAUUGACAAAAUCUCUGUCACUGUAAAGACCAAAGUGGAACCAAUACUCAAGGUCGAUGAGCAAAACAUAGAGAUCGUCACUGAAAACAUGAAUGAAAUGACCACUUUAUGUCAACAACUCCAAUGCGCCGCACCUAAUUGGUUCAAAAAGCACAACAACAACCAAUCGGGGAGUGGUAGUCCAACGAAGACUUGGUGUGAGUUUUGGGAUAUGGCUGUUAAAGAGGAGCUGCAGAAGAUGUUUGCUGAUAUCGAGGAUAAAGGAAAGAAUACUAAUCCUGCAUGCAAUGAGUUUGGUGAUGAUAAUCCUGAUAGUGUUGAAAGAAAAGCAUGUAAUCAUAUCGCGGCGGGAUUACAACACCUUAAAACAGUUAGUGGUAAUGACCAACUGUUCGAAAGAACAGUUGGUUGUAUUGCUCUUAACAUGUACGCAACUAAAAUAAGAGAGGCGUCUGAGGACAAAUGUCCCAUUGAUGAGGACAAAAUAAAACAAAUGUUUAGUGAUUCGAAUAAAAAUAUAAAUUCUUCGUGUUCGAUUUUUGGUGGUACUAAUAAAGAUUGUUUUCUUUGCACAAGGAAAAAUGAAGACUUUAAAAAAUGCGAACUAAGUGUUUCCAACACUUUGAUUAAUACACCAUCAAAUGGAAGUUGCACUCUUAACACCGACAAGGACAAAGUCCACACUCAAAUGAACAAUCUCCUCGAAAAAGACACCACCAUCAAAAUGAAACCAACAUUAGACAAAAUAAAUGAAAUGAACCAUUUCUGUACUAAACUCCAAUGCGCAGCAAAACAAUACUACGCAAAAAAGCAUGGUGGGAAAAGCAGCGGAGUGAACUGGGAUGCCUUGGAAAAAGACAUCGGAAGGGAAUUAAAUGAACUUUUAGAAUAUAUGACGAAGGGACAGAGUCAACCUAAUCUUCUAACAUACUGCAAUGACGACGCUAAAUGGGAUGCUUUAGGCCAUAAAAAAAGCAAAACAAAUAAAGCAGCUUGUUUGCUUUUUGCUGCAGGACUGCAGCACAUUUAUUCCCCAAAGAAGGUCCAUGUUAAGGGCCCAUCGUUUGAACAAACGAUGGGUUGUUUAUUUCUUAAAGAGUAUGCAAAACAAUUGAAAGACUUGGCAAAUAAGAAGAAAAAAGGAUAUAGUUGGGUACAUCCUCUCUGUGAAAUAGACAAGGGCAUAGAUCACGCUUUCAAUCAAAGUAAAGAUAUUAUGGAGAAAGAAACACCUCUAUGCAAAGGUACUAAUGUUCCUAAUUCUUGUUUUGUGUGUACACAAGAGGAAGAUUAUAAUAAAUGCAAAAUUGGCGAUGACAAAAUAGAGGACGAAGUGAAACCACUACUCCAAUCGAAAGAAACCCAUAUGGAAAAAACAUUAGAGAAUACAGUCUGUCCUAUCCUCCUUACGGAUCUCCUUACCCCUUUUCUUCCUUUGGCUCCUGUCUCCAUUGGCCUUUCUGCUAUGGCUUAUUACCUUUGGAAGUAUUUUGGUCCUCUUGGUAAAGGAGGAGCACGUUUCAGAAGAUCUCCUGCUCAAGCAUCUCGUCCAUCCGUACAAGAACAACUCCUUGAUCAUGCGGAUGAAGGUGCUUCACAUGAAUAUCGUUUGGUGAAGGAACGAAAACCUCGUUCUGCUCCAACAAGAACAAAACGUUCUGGUCGCGAUCCUGCUGGCGGUGGCCGCGUAAAUCGCCGCACGAUUAUUGAAAUUCAUUUUGAAGUGUUGGACGAAUGUCAAAAAGGGGACACACAAUUGAACCAGAAGGAUUUUCUGGAACUUUUGGUUCGAGAGUUUAUGGGAUCGGAAUUAAUGGAAGAAGAACAGGUUCCUAAGGAAGACGUUCUUAUGGAAGGGGUUCCUAUGGAAGGUGUUCCUAUGGAAGGUGUUCCUAUGGAAGGUGUUCCUAUAGAACUUGUUCUUAUUGAAGAGAUUCCAAGUUUAGGUUCCGGGUUACUGGUUUAG